AUGGCCGCCUUCGCACGGCGCUUCUAGUUGGGAUUACUUUUGGACACUCGGUGAGUUCGCGUCCACUCUUGCUGUGCGCUUGGACGGACGGAGCGGGGGUUGGUGGAUUUAGAGAGCAAUGAGUGAGAGGAGGCGAUCUGCCGCAGCUCUGAGCUCAAGAGCGCACGCGUUUUCCGUGGAAGCCCUGAUCGGCUCCAACAAGAAGAGGAAGCUACGGGGCUGGGAGGAGAAGGAGCUGGAGUUGUCCAUGGAGAGCCUCGGCACGGACGGAGAGGACGCGGCGGCGCACUGUCUGGACAUGGACCCGGACUCGGAGGCGAGUCCCGGCUCGGACGGAGAAGGUCUGGCCGAGAGGACGUCGUGCUCCUUCGGCUCGCCUGCCGACCUGAACCCCGGCGCCUGUGACCCCUCGCCACCUGCCUCCAUGGAGGAGAUCCAGGUGGAGCUGCAGUGCGCUGACCUGUGGAAGCGUUUCCACGACAUCGGCACUGAGAUGAUCAUCACCAAGGCGGGGAGGAGGAUGUUUCCGGCCAUGAGGGUCAAGAUUGCAGGCCUCGACCCGCAUCAGCAGUAUUACAUUGCCAUGGACAUCGUGCCAGUGGAUAACAAGAGAUACAGGUAUGUGUAUCACAGCUCCAAGUGGAUGGUUGCAGGAAACGCAGACUCUCCCGUGCCACCGCGGGUCUACAUCCACCCGGACUCCCUGGCCUCAGGAGACACCUGGAUGAGGCAGGUGGUCAGCUUCGACAAGUUAAAACUCACCAACAAUGAACUAGACGACCAGGGUCAUAUCAUCCUCCACUCCAUGCACAAGUAUCAACCUCGUGUUCAUGUCAUCAGGAAAGACUUCAGCAGUGAACUGUCACCUAACAAGCCUGUGCCCACUGGGGAGGGGGUGAAGACCUUCAGCUUCCCCGAGACCGUCUUCACCACCGUCACAGCCUAUCAGAACCAACAGAUCACAAGACUAAAGAUUGACAGAAACCCUUUUGCAAAAGGAUUCCGGGACUCUGGUAGAAACAGGACUGGCCUGGAGGCGAUCAUGGAGACCUACGCUUUCUGGAGACCACCUGUGAGGACGCUCACGUUUGAAGACUUCACCAACAUGCAGAAGCAGCAAGGUGGAAGCACAGGGACUUCUCCCACUGCCUCCAGCACCGGCACACCGUCACCAUCUGGAGCAGCUCACCUCCUGUCCCCCUCCUGCUCCCCUCCCACCUUCCACUUGGCCCCCAACACCUUCAAUGUGGGCUGCAGGGAGAGCCAGCUUUGCAACCUCGGCCUCUCCGAGUAUCCGGCCUGCGCCCGCAGCAACAUGGCGGCCCUGCAGGGCUACAGCAGCUUGGCAGACAGCUCCUAUGGCCGCCUGCAGGCGGCAGGAAGUGCUUCCGCUCAGCCCUCGGAAUCCUUCCUUCCGCAAAGGACUUCCUCCUUGAUAGCCGCCGGCAUGCAGGGCAACACUCACGGCGCUCUGACUGGCGGCGGCGGUGGCGGUGCAACUGGUGGCAAAAUGGAGGCCUACGGCGGUCAACUGGGCACCUUCCCGGCGUCUCAGCUUCAGUACAUGAUGCAGGCAGGGGGCAGCUCCACCUCCGCUUCCUCCUCCUCAUCUGGCUCCUCCCCUUCCUCAGCUCACAUGUUCAGCGGGAGCCACCAUCACGUGCAGCAGGGCUCCUACAACGCUUUCUCCCUGCACAACCCCUACAACCUUUAUGGCUACAACUUCCCCACCUCUCCGCGUCUGGCCACAAGCCCGGAGAAGCCCCAAGGAGGACUGCUUUGCUCCUCCUCCCCCGCAGGUUUCCCCGACCGCCAGUACUUGUCCAACGGCAGCAUGGACACGAUGCACAUGAUCGGCAACGGCAGUGGCGGACAGCAGGGCAGCAGCUCUUGUGACGGGCGCCAGUAUGGCUCGGCCUCUCAGAUGUCCAUGCACAUGGUAUAGAGCACUGGAGCGACCACGUCAUGGCUCAAGUCUUCUUGCUGAAAAGCAAAUCUGUGAUCUGUGAACCCGCCAUGGGUCAUCUGUGGUGUUGUCUCUUAACCAGUUUCAAGCUGCAAACAAACAUCAUCUCAUGCUGGAGAACACUUAAGGACACAUUUCAAAGGGACUUUUCUUUUUAUAAACGGGACAAAGACCUUUUAAGGUGGACUGACAGACAACCAAGUUCGGCUCAGAAACAUCACCGUACUCUGAUCAGUGUUUUAAGGUGCAAUAGUACAGAGGAUUUUUGUGGACACUAUUUACAUUCAACUGAACGGUCUCUUCAUGUCGGCCAUGUUGGUACGAACACUUUCGUCGGUACAGGAGGGGCAACCGCAUCACCGGCGGUCAGAUUUGCAAACUGGGUACGUCAUUCUGCGGGAGAGCUCAGGAACUUUCUUCAUCAUCACCAUCAUCAUCACCAGCCAGCCAUUUUUACUUUGCGGAAUUGGUGUCACUAUUUUUGAGUGGAUAACGUUUUCAAGCCUAUAUAAAUAUAUAUAUAUGUUUAAGAUGGAGAAUGCAAUACAUAGCAUAAGCUUAAAGGUUGUGUGAAAAUUUUAAGUAAGCAAUAGCAAAGUACUACAAGUUUUGGUGUGUUGUAGACAAUUGUAUUUAAGUGCUGAGUAACGAAACAUUUUACAGGCCAAUAUGUUUGGAUGUGCGUGA